AUGAAGUUUAACACUGCUGCCGCCUUGGCGUCCCUCCUUGGUGUCGCCGCUGCAGCCAAGGACAAGCGUACCUUUGCCGUCCUGCACUUCACCAACAAGCAGCUCACCGUCGCUCGCGCCGAUCCCAUCGUCACCCCUGGCAAACCCUCAACUCAUGUUCACCAUAUUCUGGGCGGAAGCGGCUUCAGUCUCAGCUCGACCGGCGCCGAUCUCCCAAAGUCCAACUGCAGCACCGCCAAGGUAAAGGGCGACAACUCCAACUACUGGUUCCCCUCGCUCUACUUCAAGGACCCCAAGUCCAGCAACCUCGAGUCCGUCGAGCUCUUCUACGCCAACGUCUACUACUUCUUCGAGCCCACCAACGACGACAUCAAGGCCUUCCCCAUGGGCCUGCAGAUGCUCAUCGGCGAUCCCAGCCUCCGCACCCCUCCCGCCGCCGGCGCCACCUCCAACCUCGACCCUUCCAAGGGUCCCGUCCAGCCCAUCAAGUGGACGUGCCCUCGCAAGGACCUCGACAAGCCCGGCUGGCCGCUCAACUCCAAGGGCCUCACCUCCGGCAUGCAGGAUCCCCAGAACAAGGGCGAGGGCGUCGGCUUCCCCGACGUCGCGUGCGACGGCUACGCCUCCCCGCUCCGCGCCGACGUCCACUUCCCCUCCUGCUACAACCCCCAGGCCGGCCUGACCGACUACAAGAACAACAUGGCCUGGCCGCAGGACAACAAGGGCAAGGCCGAUUGCCCCAAGGGCUGGAUCCACGUCCCCCACCUCUUCUUCGAGGCCUACUGGAACACGCCCGCCUUCUCCGGCCGCUGGGAGCAGGGCAAGGGCCAGCAGCCGUUCGUCCUCGCCAACGGCGACGUCACCGGCUACAGCCUGCACGCCGACUUCAUGUCCGGCUGGGACGAGCCCCUCCUGCAGCACAUCAUCGACACCUGCGACGCCGGCACCACGGGCAUGGAGAACUGCGCCGGCCUCUUUUACGGCCAGAACAAGGACGAGUGCACCAUCCAGUCGCCGGUCGACGAAAAGGUCACCGGUAUCCUCACUGCCCUGCCCGGAAGCAACUCCCUCACCGGUUGGUCCUACGGUGCCGGUGACAAGUCUCCCCAGCCUAGCCAGGGCCAGUCCUCAAGCGCCGCUCCUGCUCCCAGCAGCAGCGCGCCCCCUCAGUCUUCUGCCUCGGCCCCCGCCUCUUCUGUCCGUGCCUCUUCCGCUCCUGCUUCUUCUGCACCGGCCUCCUCCGCCUCGGGUGUCCCCAGCUCUUCUGCCUCGUCUGGUGUAUCCACUAAGCCUGCUUCUCCCUCCCAGUCCGGCUCUCCCGUCCAGUCGAGUGCUUCUUCUCAGACGCAGUCUAGCAAUGGUCCUUCGCCGACCCUCCCCACCGCUCCCGCCAGCUCCGGCGAGUGCAAGCCCGGAACCGUGCACACCGUCUACAAAACCGUCACUGUUACUGGCACCGCCAUCGGCACCGCUACCGCCACUGCCCCUGUCAGCACCAGCACCGGUGGUGCUGGCAACCCAGUCGGUGGCUUCAAGUAUGCCGGCUGCUUCAAGGAUACCGCGAGCCGCGCCCUCAACGGCAAAGUGCGUCCCAACAUUGGCCGCAUGAGCAACGAGAAGUGCGUCGCCGAGUGCAAGAAGCUCGGCUUCUCCGCCGCCGGCACCGAAUACGGCGGCCAGUGCUACUGUGGCAACGAACUCGUGGGCUCGGAGCGCCUCGACAACUCUGCCUGCAACAUUACCUGCGAGGACAAUGCCACGUCCCAGUGUGGCGGCAGUUGGGCUCUGUCCGUCUACAGCGAGACUGGCGAGGUCAACAUGAAGAACGCUCAGCGCCGUCGCCACGCGCAUGAUCAUCUGAAGCGUCACUCUGGCCGCUUCUAA